ACAAAGGAUCUCCUUCGUCCCUCCCCAGAAGAGGAGAAGAGGAAACACAAGAAGAAGCACCUGGUGCAGAGCCCCAGUUCCUACUUCAUGGCUGUGAAAUGCCCAGGAUGCUAUAAAAUCACCACCAUCUUUAGCCGUGCACCAAGGGUAGUUUUGCGUGCUGGCUGCUCCACUGGCCUCUGUCAGCCUGCAGGAGGGGAAGCAAGGCCUACAGAAGGAUGCCCCUUCGGAAGGAGGCAGCACUAA